CCAUGAAAAAUGGUCAGAACGAUUUACACGUCUUCAGAUUAGCGCUUGUGUUGUAUUUAAUAGUGAUUAAUCACUCACAAGGAGUUGGCUGCCCAGUUAUUUACGAUAACGCGCAAUUUUCGCUCCUCGGCGUCUCAGUCGAUCCACAGUUAAAGCUAAUCUGAGCUUCAACUGUUUAAAACUGACCGCGUUUCUAACCCGUUACGGCGAUAUGGUGUGUCGUGAGUUUGUCUUAAAUGAUUUGUAGAACCGUCACUUUAAUUAAAUUAUACCCCAAACAAUAUAACAUGGAUGUGUUUAGGAUAAUUCUUACAUCAAUGUUUAAAAAAAAAUAAAAAUAAAAAUCUCUUUCAACGAGCAAAAAGGACAGAAAAAUUUGAAUAUUCAUGGCUGCUGAACAGCAGAGAAAGAGGCGCCAACUUCAAAUGAUCCAAUCACGAUUGAGUAUUUACAAUCUGGCCAAUGAGAAACGGACUUUUGUCUCGCGAGUUUUAUCCAAUCAGGGCAACCCGGCUGUCGCUAUAAAGUCUGAUGCACCGUCUUUCCGUCAUUCAAACAGGAGUUUACUCGCAUAGUGACUGACUGAAAGCAGGGAAAGAUGGCAAGAACCAAGCAAACCGCUCGUAAAUCUACCGGAGGAAAGGCGCCGAGGAAGCAACUCGCUACCAAGGCUGCCCGAAAGAGCGCCCCUGCUACCGGCGGCGUGAAGAAGCCUCACCGUUACAGACCCGGGACUGUGGCUUUGAGAGAGAUCCGCCGCUAUCAGAAAUCCACCGAGCUGCUGAUCCGCAAGCUGCCCUUCCAGCGGCUGGUCAGAGAAAUCGCUCAGGAUUUCAAGACCGACCUGCGCUUCCAGAGCUCCGCUGUGAUGGCGCUGCAGGAGGCUAGCGAGGCUUACCUGGUCGGGCUCUUUGAGGACACCAACCUGUGUGCCAUUCACGCCAAGAGAGUCACCAUCAUGCCCAAAGACAUCCAGCUGGCUCGCCGCAUCCGAGGCGAACGCGCUUAAACCGCAACCCGGUUAAAAAACUACAUUGAACAACAAAGGCUCUUUUAAGAGCCACAACUUUACUUCAAAGAUCUGAUUCCAUUAUCAAAACUAGUAUUUCGUUAAGUCCAGACUGAUACAUUAUGUUAAUAAAGCAAGCGUGUGUGUAUAGAUGUAAUAAUUUAGCUAAACGAAAAUAUUAUGCUUUUUUUAUUUGACCUAUUUUAGUAAUGCAAGUGCACAUGUCAGUAGCUGAUCUAAUACAUAUGUAUAUAAGGUUAUAUCGGGACAUUUCGGAUGAAGAGCUUCAGCUGAAUGGAAAACAAUGUUUUUGCUAAAGCAAUUCAAAUUGUGCUGGUUCAGUAAAUGCUGCUCACAAGAAAUACAAUAAAAAUGGGCCAUAUUCGUACCCUGUGAUUCGUACAAUGCCCCAAAAAUAAAUUUUUUUGCCCCGGUAAAGUGACGUCGCCGCCUCUAAAACACAACCCCAUCUUAUCGCCCCGCCUUAAACCGUGUUGAUUGGUUCAUAU